UGCCACACGUUCUAAUUUCCUUGAAAGCACGGGCGGCUGUGGACGUGGCGGCCCGGGGUUCGCCACGUUGGAAGACGGACUAUCGCGAUAGAUCGCCGAUCGAUUCUCUUCGUGAUCGCGCGACGGAAACCGAGGACCGGAGGCGGAAAAGCCGUCGAAAAGUCGCGGGGCCGGUCACCCUGGGCAGCCUUCUGGAGGAGAAAUUGUUUCCGCUGCCGCGCGCCGACAGAUCGACGACACAGCAUCAGCAACGAACGACGGCGGAUGGUCGAGCUUCGCGUGCAACGUCGUCCGGUCCUCGCCACUUCCAUGUGAAGGCUGCCCUGUCAUGGCUGUCGCCCUUCUGGGCAAGUGCGUCGCUCUCCUGGGCUUCGUCGCCGUGCUGUUUUACGCCACCUGCUAUGGAUUCCGAAUACGCGACGCAACCGCGCCGCAGACGCACUCGGCCGUCUGCGUUCCCGCGCACGGUAAAUCUUGUCCCGCGGACAAAACGGUGACGACCACCACGACGACCGGGGGACCAACGUACUCGCCCCGGAAAUGGCAAGAAUUGCGAACCGCCGCUGGUGGUGGUCGGAAACCACCUGCCGAGCCGACGUCAGCCACGGAAACGGAGAAAACCCGGAUCGAGAGGAGCACCGAACAUCUGAAAGACAAGAGUGUGACUGGACCAACAUCGAGAGGUUCCAGAAAAACAAGCGUCAAAGUGGAUGACGAUGAAGAUGAAGAGACGCUGGUGGAGGUAGAAGAUGAAGAAUCGGUGGGGGAGACUGAGAGAGAUCAGAUAGAUGAGACGGAAGAGGACGAUGAAGAAGACGAAGAAGAGCUGUCUGAGAUCGAAAUAUCAGAUCGCGAUGUUAAAAAUAAAAAAGAUAAAAUGAAAAAGUUUGUUCGCGAUGGAAGUAAAGACGAUGAUGACGACGAAGAUGAUGACGAUGACGAUGACGACGACGAUGACGAUGACGAUGAAGGUGACGACGACGAUGACGAUGACGAUGAAGGUGAUGAUGAUGAUGAUGAUAAUGAUGAUGAUGAAGAUAGUGGUAAAAAAGUCGCUAAGACGAGUUUAAAGAAAGAAGAAAAGAAAAAACAAGAAACGCAAACUAGUAAAGUAAAAAAAUUAGUGAAACACAGUAAAACCAAAGCUGUUGAUAAAGAUGAUGAUGAUGAUGAUAAUGACGACGACGACGACGACGACGAUGAAGAUAAAGAAGAGGCAACAGCCAAGACAGUCAAACGGAAAGUGACAGAAGUUAAAAAACAAAAAAUACAUAAGAAACCAGGUAAAAGUCAGAGUAGCGAUAAAGACGAUGAAGACGAUAAAGAAGAUGACGAUGACGAUGAUGAUGAUGAUGAUGAUGACAAUGACGACGACGACGACGACGACGACGACGAAGAUGAAAAAAAAAAAGAAGCAACAGCCAAGACAGUUAAACGGAAAGUAACAGAAGUUAAAAAACAAAAAAUACAUAAAAAACCAGGUAAAAGUCAGAGUGACGAUAAAGACGACGAAGACGAUGAGGAAGACGAAGAAGAUGACGAUGCAGAAAAAACCACUCCCGCGCCCAGAAAAUUGGAGAAAGUGAGGCUCGCCGAUAAAGAUAAGGCAAAAAUUUUGCCUAAACGCGACGCGGAGAAACAACCGAAACAAGAAGAUAAAAAGUCAGCGGAUAUUACGAGGCCGGCGAUUGACAGUUUGAAAAAGACGAGCGAAAGCACGAAGAAACGCGAACCAAUUGAAAGCGCGUCGAAACAAACCGUCGAGAUCAAGAAGAAGAAAUCGGACGAGGCGAAGAAACCAAUUGAAAGUGCCGAUAAAUCACCUGAGAGUGCAAAAAAAGUCGAAUUAGUUAAAACCACUUCGAAGCCUAAGGCCGCCGAAGCGCCUCCUAAGACUGAAACGAAAACGGACGAAAAAUCAAAGACGCGCGUGAAACCGGAAACUUCAUCGACACCUGCGACACCGAAGAAGACCAAAGAAGAAAAGACGAAACAAACGGAGAAGAAGACGGAUGCCAAGAAAGUAACGGCGAAACCACCAACUUCGAAACCAACUUCCUCAAAGGAAGUUUCGCGAGCUGGGAAGCAAGAGACGAAACCGAAAACGAGGAAACGCACAGACGCAUCUAUUACAUUGUCCGAACUGAAUGAUGCAAUUCUGCAUGCGCCGACCUUCGUGCCAAAUUAUACGAACGUUGAAAAUUCCGAGUGUCAGCAACAUGGCAAGAUAUUCCUGCGACAAUUGAGAGGUUACAAGUUGUGGGCGCUGCAAAUGUUAGAUUCAAGCGCGAAGAUUCCGUCAAGCUUGUUGCGAGGAAACGUGAAUCAAUUCGGGGAUUUCGAUCAAUGUUUGGGUGUGUUGGCGCAAGUUAAAGUGGACGAGAAGACAAUAAGAAUUCAAGGGAAAUAUUGCUUGGCUAGUGUCGACCUGUACGCUUCUCAUCCGGAUAUGAAACUGCCGGUCAACCUAAUGCAAGCCCGUGCAUUUAUACGAGGAAACAUGCACGACCCAGGUCAUUUCAUUCCAAAAUUCACGACAAUAAAUUGGGCGCUGUGCGUGCCAGCGGCGUGUUCCGCCGAGGACGCUGAACGUACGCUGGAAAGCGCCCUGGAAGAUUACAAUCAAACUCUCGGAAUUAGAUUUUCAGUGAACGUGGAUCCGAACAUGUGCUACGUCAAACAAAAAUCUCAGACUUACUCGAAGGAGACGAUCGGCGUUUUAUAUUUUUACGCCAUGAUCGUGUGUCUCGUUAUCGUAGCGACUGUGAGGGAUUACCUGGUGGAAACGCAGGGGAAAGGAAAUUAUUCUGAAAGGAUAAUCAUGUCAUUUUCCUUACGGAGAACGAUUAAAGCCCUAUUGAAGGAAGCGACGGGCGCUGCGGAUAUUACGUGUAUCCACGGAAUAAGAGCGCUCUCUACGAUCGCUCUUUACGUCGCUCACCAGCUUAUAACAAUUUCCCGAAUACCGUUUAACAACCGCAUUUCUCUCACCGAGAUCGCCAACAAUCCAGCCAGUUCCGUUCUGCGAGGUUCGCUGGUGUACACGGACACUUUUCUCCUGUUGAGCGGCGUACUGACUGCCUACAACAUGACGCACGAACUGACGAGUCGCGGCGAGAUUCGCUGGUUCUGCCGUUUCAUCGCCAGAUUUAUCAGACUCUCACCGGCGUUGCUCGCGGUGGUGUUCUGGUACGCCUUCGUCAUGGAACACAUCGGCUCGGGUCCGCAGUGGAACAGCAUCAUCACCGCGAACGCGGACCUUUGCAAGUCCAACGCCUGGACGAAUCUGUUGUACGUGCAGAAUUUCUUUCCCUUCGAGGAAAUGUGCGCCACGCACACGCAUCAGCUGGCCUUGGACAUGCAGCUGUCGCUCUCGGCGCCCGUCCUGGUCUUCUUUCUGCAAUACAAACCUCUCGUCGGAAUUCUUCUGAUGAUCUUCCUCCUUCUCGUGUCCGCCACGCUUCGUUACAUAGCGACGACGAGCAAUUACCUGUCUCUCGUCAUCUUCCACGGGAUUUCAUUAAAACGCCUUUACAAGACUGCCAACUUGACUUACAUGUUGCCGCUGCACAGAGCCACGCCGUAUAUUGCCGGCGUCGGUCUCGGUGUGCUUCUCCAUUACACCGGCAAAAACGUCAGGAUCUACAAGGUGUUAGUGAUCUUGGGCUGGUUGAUCGCGACGGCAAUGGGUUCAUGGUCGUUAUUUUCACCUUGGCGCCAGGCCAGGCGCGACUACGUAUACGACGUUGAGGAGGCCGCAAACUACGCGGUAAUCGGGCCGGUGCUGUGGGCCGUGGCGCUUUGCUGGUCAAUAUUUGCCUGCUUCACGGAGCACGGAGGUGUCGUUAACAGAUUUCUCUCCGACCACCGGCUGGUGAUCUUCAGCAGGAUAUCGUACGCCGUGUAUCUGACGCAGUUCGCGGUGUUUUUCUACAAUACGGGGACCACGAGAUUUUCAUCUGAAUUUCACAUUUACAGAGCGAUCGAUCCUCUGGAAGUAGCGACGGUAUUGGCCGCGUCGGUCGUUCUGACGCUGCUGUUCGAUCUUCCGAUGCAGGAGGUGAAAAGCGUCAUAAUGGAAAGCACGGAUGUUCUGACGCUCGAGGCUUCCGACGAGAAAAAGACAAGCGAGGACAAAGAUGUCGCGGAAUCCGCGAAAGCGAAGGCGAGCGAGCAAACGAACGUUUUCGAGGACGACGAGAUCGCGUCGACCGGUUGGGACUGGCAGAAGGACAUAACUCACGGAGCGACCGGAGUUCUUGAAGGACACGAGACGGAAGAGGAAGCGGUAGACGUGCCGACGCUGAAGAAAGCGAACGGGAGACGAAUGUCGUUCAUCGAGACACACGAUUACGAGGAAGUGCCGAGCAGAGGUCGAGCAACAUCCAGAAAUUCAUACGUGGACGAUUCCGAGGAAGAAAUUAUCGAAUAUCUGAGAAGUAAACGGGAACAUGAAUUGGUGGCUUCGCGCAACAGACGAUCGCUGUCCAGGACCAAGGACGGUAAGAGAGUGUCGUCGAGGGAGAGCGAGAGCGAAGAAGACCGGCAACGCAGAAGAGAUAGCGACGAUGACGCGAGACAGUUCAGAAGAUCCGAGUCCAGAGGCAGAGCCAAGGACGCGGACGAUCAUUCGUGGGAGUUCGUCGGUAAGGAAGCCCCAUUCGUCAGAGAGCAGCAACACGAGCCGAAACCAUUCCUCGCGAGAUCCUCGGCGAACGUCGCGAGAAGAACCUUCUCUUCUGAGAGCGAGGAGGACUCGUCGGUUCGUGGAAGAUCGAAGCCGGAGCGCGUCCCGAGCUCGGACGCGAGGACAAGCGACGAGGAGGAUUGGGAGCGCGAGUUGAAGGUGCGAAGGAAGCAGUUCAUGGAAAAGCUGAGUGGAUCCCAGCAGAGCGAGUCGUUGACCGAGGAGAAGAGCGAAGCCAACGAGGAGACCUUGAAACGCAGAUCCUCCGCGGAGGGCAGAAUAGCCAUGCUGAAGGACGAUCUCCCGGGCGAGGACAGCAUGGACUCGUGGACCGUGAGCGUUGGGCCGCGUAUCGAGCUGCUCGGUUCCUCGCAGGAGCCGAGCGAGCCCGAGGAGGACGUCAUUUACAUGCGACGCAGGGAGUACCGCGAACAGGGUCCGCCCUCGCGAGAGGAGAGCCAGAGCGAGGAGGAGAGCAGCCAGGAAACGUCGAGGAGACCGUCUUACACCAGCACCAGCCGGAAGACAUCGAUGGAAGAGGAGGAGGAGGACGUUAACAGCUACAACUUCGUGCUCACGAAAGACAGCAAGAGGGAAUCGUUGCAGGAUCUGUCGAAACUGUCGCAGGAGGAAUUGGUGAACGCAGGGUGGAACGUGGUGAAGAAAGAGGGUGGAGAUGUUUUGGUCAAACCGACGUCGACCGGACUGUUCAAACGGGAAUCCAUCAUAAAGAGCCAGGCCAGCGAGGAAGAUCCCGAGUAUCUCUUACCGGAGCGACCGAAACUUGUUCAACAGGAGCGCGAACAUCCGUUCAAGAAGGCCUGGCAAGUGCAAAAGUCCAGAUCGGAGGAGGAGGGCUCUUCGGCUUACGUCAUACGCGAGCCGAAAGAUUCCAAGGAACAGCAAUCCGAGACGAAACCGAAAGAACAAGAUUCGACGAUCAAACGCGAGCCGAGCGGCGAGCAGUCGAGCGAGGGCGACGUCGAGUCGCUCGCGGAUGACGAAGCUACGGCGACGCCGAGAGACGUGAGCACAGACACGGACGAUAACAGGACCAGUUCGAAAUCCGGCACGGACGAGACGGACUCGGUUUCGACAGAGUACAGCAGAGCCACGCAGGAAGAGAAUCAACGACGGAGCUCGAAAUCCGAAACCGACGAGAACUCGGAGAGAUUUAAUUGGCUCGUAGAAGAGGAGAACGGAAGAGAGAUCCAUGGGAUCGGACGUAGAGGAAGAUCGGAGGAAGCGGACUGGGAAUGGGAGCAGGAAGAGACUUGACGAAAAUGAUCUUAGACAAUUGCGCAGAGAGUGACUAUAUAUGUAUAUUUCCUUCGAGCCUUCUCCCUCUCCGAUUUGAGGACGGAGGGAAGCGACGGUCGCGGAUAAUGGCGGACGCGGAGUGUUUGAAUUUGCGAGAAGAAGACACGCGACGAUGAUGAUGACGACGACGUCCGAAGGAAAAAAUAUGUGACCGAGAUUUAUAUUAAUCGCUGCACGUUAAUAAAUUACAAAGAAAAUAAUCUGUCUACAAUGUACAAAUGUUUUUUCCUCGCCGCGUCAAUUUAACGAAUAUUUUAUUGUGACUGCGCGAAAAACAAUUUUUUCCGCGUUGAGAAAAUGCACAAGUGCACAAUCGGGAAUUGUUAUUUGUACAAAAUAUAUAAACAACAAAUAUUUACAUAUA